GCAACCUCGAGAUAAUUUAGCAACUGUCAGUCGCUGAAGAACAUGCAAGACUAGCUGACUUCUCCAGGCCACUCUAGAGGGAGAUGAAGGUGUUGCUGAGCCUGACCCUGGUGUUGACAUGGCUGGGGCGAUGCAGCGGGGCCGCCGGCGUGUUCACGGAGCCCCAGCUCCGAGCUAGGGCUGGGGGCUCCGUGCUGCUGCAGUGCCUCUUCCUAGACCCCGACAGCAAGGGAUGGACCCUGCACAAAGUGGACUGGCUGCACAGGGCAGGAGCUGGCACGCAGGAGGAGAUGGUGUUUUUUUACUACAGCAACCGCGGCGUCCCCGCGGGCCGCUUCAAGAACCGGGUGCAGUGGCAGGGGAACGUCUCCCGCUGGGACGGCUCCAUCCUGCUGCAGGACCUGCGUCUCAACGACAGCGGCACCUACGAGUGCGAGCUGCGGCUGCUGGAGACCAGCAGCGUCUUCAGGAGCCGCACGGUGCUGCUCGUCAGCCCCGCGGUACCCAGAGGUGCCGAGGAUGCCGCGCCCCCGAGAGACUCCGGGUUCCUGCCGGCCGUGGUGGGCUGCGGCUGCGUGGCCGUGGUGGUGGCGUUCCUGGCCGGGCUCUGCGUGAGGAAGAGGUUUGCAGCCGUCACAGCCCUGGAGAGGGUGGGGAAGAGCAGCAGCAAGAGCAAAGCAGAGGAAGCAAUUUACUCCUCGAUCCCUGGAGCUGAGGUAGCCAAGGCUGAGCAGGAAGCAAAGAAGAAGAGGAGAGCUGAGGACACGUACAUAACCAUGCACCCGUCUCACUGCCGGGACAACGGCGUCUACGUGGAGCUGGCCAAGAGGGCCAUCCCCUCAGAAUGGAUGGCAGAGGGGACACGGGGGCAUGGACAGAGCCAGGAGCCCCACAGCAGGCCAGAGGAGGCACUUCCCCGGCCUCCAGAGCGGCAGAAAUAGCUGUGCUGUGGGAUGGCAGCCCCUCGUCCAGCUGUGUCCGAGACACCUUUGUCCCUGUGAGGACUGAGAACCGGUGACACGUCACUGCGUGCCCCGUGCCAGGGCACUGCUGGGGCACAGCCCACCCCAGCUGCCUGCAGGGGACCAGGGGACACCCGUCCCUCUGGCUCGUGCCCCCUGGACUCGGGAGAGUGGGCACAGCCCCACGCUCCAGCUUGGAUCCUGGCCCAGGAUGAGGAUCUCCAAGGCGGGAGAUGCAGCGGGAGCCGUCACAGUAUUUUUCUGUAGAUAAUAAAACUCAGGGAGUCUUCCCUGAUGCUGUCUUCGUUUUA